AUGAAGUGGAGGUCAAUGUUCAACCGCGACAAUGACGGAGCGACACGCAUGAUUGACGAAGCCAGCGCUCUGCUACCAUCCCACAGCGAACACAUUCCCAGCGCUGUCCCUGCCAAAGAGGUCACCAAAAUUGCCCUACGCCUCAAACACCAAAUUGAGCAAGUCAUCCCCUGCGAGCUUGAGGAGGACAGAAUCACUGCCGCCCAUUCCAAUGUCAUUACUCCAGCUGUUGUCGAAACCGCCCGCACUGCUGGCAAGUAUGGACGAUCCGGCUCUUCCGACAAUGACUAUUCUGCUUGUGUUGUCUUUUGCUUGCUGAUUUGCAAGAAAUGGUUCAAGCGACAGGCCCUACUGGAACUCUGGGAUGCUGACAUGCAUGAAGUUCGUGCUGUUGCCUGUGAGGUGAUCGCUAAGGCCAUCAUCGAAUCCGAGGAUGACGCCGGUUUCUUGCUGCAGGACAUCCUUCUCAAGAGAUAUAGUAUUGUCAUCGACGGAGAAGAGACUGCUCCCAACAAUGUCAUCGAGAAGGCUGUCGACUUGCAUGCUCUCAGAGUCAUUGGAAGCUCAGGCUACCAGAAAUGCAUCACAUAUCUCUGGCGUGGUUGGUUGGUUCAAGAUGAAGAUGAUCCAACUCGCUUCGUUGACUACAAGUUGAAGACUUCGACAAGUUACUGGGACCAUCUCGAUCCUGAUCGUAUGCGUGCUCCUCUCUACCAGAACGCUCUCCAGGUCUUCAUCAGUCUGCUCUAUCUCGGAUUUUACACAGGCGCCAUCAACACCAUCAACCCUACUGGUGACCUUGAUGUCAUUGAAGGUCUGCUUUAUAUCUUCACCCUAGGUUUCGUCUGCGACGAGCUUGCCAAGUUCUGGAAGGUCGGCAAGUACUACUUCGGAUUCUGGAACACCUUCAACAAUACCUUGUAUGCUCUGUUGACCGUCUCUUUCGUCACAAGAAUGAUUGCUCUCGGCCAUCACAUCGGAACAGAAGACAGACACAAGUUCAACGAGCUCAGCUACAACUUCCUGGCGUUCUCGGCGCCCAUGUUCUGGUGCCGUCUUCUACUCUACUUUGACACUUUCCGCUUCUUCGGUACCAUGCUCGUUGUUCUCAAGGUCAUGAUGAAGGAGUCCCUCAUCUUCUUCGCCCUUCUGUUCUUCGUUAGUAUCGGUUUCUUGCAAGCCUUCAUCGGUCUGGAUCAAGAAGACGGCAAACUGGAUGCCACCAACUUUGUCGUUCAAGCCAUGAUCAACGCCGUUAUGGGAAGUCCCGAAUUCGACGGCUUCGACAACUUUGCUCCUCCUUUCGGCUUGAUCCUCUACUACAUCUUCACCUUCAUUGUUAUUGUCUUGUUGUUGAAUAUUCUGGUUGCUCUUUACAACAGUGCUUACGAAGAUAUCACCGAGCACUCUAUUGACGAGUACAUGGCUCUUUUCGCACAGAAGACUUGUCAGUUUGUGCGUGCUCCUGACGAGAACGUCUUUAUUGCGCCUUUCAACUUGAUUGAAUUGGUCUUCUUGGUCUUGCCCUUCGAAUGGUGGAUGGACAAGGACACCUACGAGCGUCUCAACGACUACGUCAUGGCCACCAUCUACAGUCCUCUAUUGGUCAUCACUGCCGCUCUGGAAACAAGAAUGGCCUACAAAGUGCGCUUCAACCGCAACAGAGGCGAGGUAGACGAAGAUACCAUCGAAGAGUGGGAGCAAUUAGACGGCGAAUUCGACUUUGAAGGCGAUGGCUGGGCCAAGAAGUGCGAAGAGACCAAACCAAAUGUUGAGGUUGAUGGAACGCUUGUCGAAGUCAAGGCAUUGAGAAAAGAAAUUGAGGAGUUGAAGGAAAUGCUGAGAAGUCCCAAGAACUGA